AAUGUCAGAUUGAAGCGCGAUAAAGCGUAUUUAUCGCGUUAUUGCAUACAUUCCUCUGUUUAUAAUAAGCUAUUAAACGCAUGUUAUGCUUAUCUGUUUAAUAAGGAUGUACAAUAACAUUCGAUUGAUUCGUUCCCUCAGUUGAACGUACGCCUGCCCGCGGGGAGGUAUACCAAUACACCGCCAUGAAUUGUAUAAUAUUUUUAAACAUCUUUGCCGCUAUAUGGGCUCUUGCGAUCGCUGGGUCCCAUUUUCCGGCUACUAAAGGGGAGGUGUGGCCGAAACCGCAACACCAAGUGAAGACAAAUACGGUUCUUACGUUCGACCAUAGGCGAUUCCAAAUUAAGGUAGUCGGAGUCUCCUGCUCUCUCCUCUCCAGCGUGGCCUCACGCUACUCGCACGUGUUCGCGCGGCAGAGCCAACUUGCACUCGAGCAUUACGAGCAUGCUCGCUCGCACAAGUCAGGAGGCAGGCUCGCCGAGCUGCACAUCGACCUGACAGCGCCGUGUGAAGACUACCCGCAUUACGGCAUGGAUGAAAGCUAUCAUCUAACAAUAGCAGAGGUAUCUACUCUGAAAAGCGGCUCCAUAUGGGGCAUUCUGCGAGGGCUUCAGACUGUCCUGCACUCGUUCUAUUUCUCAGAUGACUACAGGAGAAUAUUAGUAAAUGCAACGGAGAUAUACGACUAUCCUCGUUACUCGCACCGCGGACUGCUGCUGGACACUUCGCGGCACUACAUCUCGCUGCACAACAUCCUGCUGACCCUGGACGCCAUGGAGAUGAACAAGAUGAACGUCUUCCACUGGCACAUCGUCGAUGACGACAGCUUCCCGUACCAGAGCAAGAGGUUUCCGGAAUUAAGCGAGCAUGGAGCGUAUUACCCUACGAUGGUAUAUUCGAAGGCUGAUAUCGUGCUCGUAUUGAAAUAUGCCCGUGAGCGUGGUAUCCGAGUGAUUCCCGAGUUCGAUGUUCCAGGUCACACCGUGUCCUGGGGGGCAUCACACCCCGAACUCGUGUUCACGUGCCCCGACCAGUGGUAUGGCACAACUACAAGUGGGGUCUUGAACCCCAUCCUCAACUCCACGUACGAGCUGCUCGGAGACCUGAUCAAGGAAGUUCAGGACUUGUUUCCGGACAAGUACUUGCAUGUUGGCGGGGAUGAGGUCAAUACGAAGUGUUGGGAGAAGGCCCCAACAAUCCAGGCCUAUCUUAAAGAGCACAACAUGACCAUCACGGAGUUGUUCCCAAUAUUCGUUGACAGAUUGUUCCAACUGCUUGGCAGCAGGUCGCAGCCCAUCGUGUGGGAGGAAGUAUUCGAGGAUGUAAGUUCUUUACCAGCGAGUACACCCGUGCACGUCUGGAAAAGAGAACCCAUUAAAGGCAAUGAGCGAUAUGAUGAUCACGGAAAACACACUGUCAACAAGGUCUUAGAAGCCGGCAAUAAGGUGAUAUUGUCCGCGCCGUGGUACCUAGACUACCUGGAUAAGACCUGGGAGUAUUACUAUAAUGGCACGGACCCGCAUGCCAUGGUGAACGACAAAUCUUUGGCUGAGAACAUCCUCGGCGGCGAGGCCUGCUUGUGGGGCGAGCGUGUCGACGACAGGAACAUAAUUAGCAGAGCAUGGCCUCGGGCUAGCGCGACAGCCGAAAUACUCUGGAGUUCGCCGCCAUUCGACGUGCCAUCUGAAUAUCACAAGAGUGUGAAUAGUAACCGUAUGGAAGAACACACCUGUCGCAUGAUUCGGCACGACAUCGGCGCGCAGCCCCCCAAUGGACCUGGCUUUUGUGUUGUCAACCCUAAUCAUUUGUAAUGUAACACAGGUUAUUAGUUUUUGCUUUUUACGAACAGAUGUAGCAUUGAAAAAGCGAAUACCCCCACAUACUUAACACAAUGGCCACGUAACAGCAGUUUUAUUUUUAUGUGAUAAUGAACUAUGUACAGUCAGCUGCAGAGAAAAGGUACCACCGCUACAUAGAAGUUUGUAUGCAGGGGUGGUACCUUGCUGACUGUACAAUGAACUACUAACGUUGGAUAUCGGAAGUCUACAAUCGAGUUCCCGAAACCCCGCCUACAAAGCGCGCGGCGGAUCACCCCAGGGGGUUUAGUCCGUGGAAGUCGGAACAUCCCCACGGACCGGACAUAGCUGGGCUUCUCCCGGGCCAAUGGGAUCCAUAAGGGUUUCCCCUUGGGUCAUCAAAAAAAAGGGAUGGAGCACUAGAACACUAGAGGUUUGUACAAACAACAACACUCUUAACUGUCGGUGGACCUUAUGCCUUAUGUUUAGGAACUGUCAGUUAACAGUGUGGUACCAUCGUACAGGAAUCAUAGUAACGGCGCUAUAUUUGUUCAUAAAAAAAUUGAUAUUAAUGAUAUAAUUGCCACAUUUUGUUGUUGUAAAUGUUAUGAAAAGUUAGCUCGAUCCGACUCUAUAUUAGGUACUGUAACUACUGUAGGUACUCCAGCAUGUUAGUCUUUCGAAUAAAAAGUCA